AUGGAUAAGCUCUCUGGACUGGCCUCAAAGCUCGGUGGUGGCAGCAAGACCGAGUCUAACCAGAACGCCGCCGCAGGCAACGAGGACUACCUCGACAAAGCGCUGGACAGUGCGGAGCGCAAGUACGGAGGCGGCCACGUGGACCCCGCGAAGAUGCGCUCGACCAACGAGAAGAUCACCGACGGUGUCCGCAAUCAGUUCGAGAGUGCCACUGGCAAGCACGUCCCCGAGAAGUUUUCCAACUAG